CAAUUUUCUUUAUUAAUAUAAAUAAAAAAAAAUUCGACUUCGUUCAAGUCUCAAGUUAAAUAAUUUUAACUAAUUAUUUAUAUUUUAAUUUAAUUAUUGAAUUAAUUGUUUUAUAAUGUCCGAUAAUUUGAUUAAAUUGCGAAAAAGAAUUAUCAGUACGUUUUCUUUAAACGGAUUUGCUAUUCAAGAACAAGCUUGUGGUCAUUUAGUCAAACAAUUGGAACCUCUGUGUAAUGAUCGUGAAAGAGAUAUAUGGUUAGAUAAAAUUGUAGAUUAUGUUCAAAAUUCUAUACAUGAGAAUACUUCUACACUUGUUAAUUUUGAAUUAUUAGUUAAAGCGUUAAAGUUUUGUUGUGAUUCUGAAGUUCUCAAUACCCAAGAUACAUUAGCAGUUAGAGACUGUAUUAAAAAUUUCAAUUUUAGAUAUCGAUAUUGUCCUGUAAAAAAGAAAUUUUUUAAAGAUAUAACAGAUAAUUCACAGUUAUCAUUAUUUGGAGAUGCUCAAGCUAAAAUUCAACAAUUUUUAGACAGAUAUACAAUAGUGAGACAGCGAAUGUUGCGAGUACAAACUGCUAAAGGAAAUAGCAAUGGUAACAAUGCCGGUGGUCAAACUAUUGCUGAUCGAUUACGUGAUGUAGACUAUUUGUUGAGCUGUGGUAGUGCUGUGAGGCAAAGUGGAUAUAAAUCUUCAAAUUCUCCUGGAAGUAUAAUACUCCUAGGUAUGAUAAGCCAGUUGAAAGAAGGUCGAUAUUAUUUAGAAGAUCCAACAGGUGCUAUAAAAAUCGAUCUCACGAAUACAGAUUUUCAUAAUGGAUAUUUUACUGAAAAUUGUUGUGUACUUGCUGAAGGACUGUAUGAUGAAAUAGAUUGUAUUUUUAAAGUUUCUGAUAUGGCAUUGCCACCUGGUGAAAAAGCUGAAAUUAGUAGGAUUUAUUUUGGAGAUUGUACAGAUGAUGAGAUUUUCAUUAAGUCAAAUUCCUCUACUUUAAGAGCCUAUGAGGAACAAAAGAAACGUAUGAUUGUAUUUGUUAGUGAUAUUCAUUUAGAUAAUGCGAAGGUUCUUAGUAAACUAAAAAUAUUAUUAAGGGGAUUUAAUGACCAUGCACCUGCUGCAAUCGUAAUGAUGGGAGACUUUUUAAGUGCAUCGGCUAUACCAGGAUCUCAAUAUUCAAACGAAUUGCAAAGUCAUUUCAAUAACUUGGCAGAGUGGAUUGUAGCUAAUUGUGAACGUAUUGUCAGGGAUACAACUCUAGUUGUAUUGCCAGGACCCAAUGAUCGACAUUGUGCUAAUAUCUUACCAAAACUUGCAUUUCCAGAAUUUUUAACACAAAAAUUUAGACAACUUUUGCCUAAAACAGUAUUUACAUCAAACCCCACGCAUAUGAGAUACUGCACUCAGAGACUAUGUAUUGUACGUGCUGAUCUAAUUACAAAAACUGUCAGAAAUGCAUUGAACCUAAAAUUACAGAAAAAUAUGUUAAAUGUUAAUACUAGUACUCAAAAUGUGGCUAAUAAUUAUGUUAAAACAUUGAAAAGUCAAUCUCAUUUGGUCUCUCUUCCUGCGGAUAUUUGUCCAGUUUACUGGACUAGAGCUCAAGCAUUAAGUUUAUAUCCUAUGCCUGAUCUAGUUUGUGUGGCGGAUGGAGAUUCGCCUCCAUUUUGUAUCAACCCUGAUGAAAAUUCUCAGAGAUCAGGAUGUGUUUUUAUUAAUUCGUCGUCAUUUUCCAAACGUCAAUAUAGUUUUAUUGUCUACAUGACAGCUGAACGCAAAGCUGAUGAAAGUCAAAUUCCUCUGGAUAGUGUUGAUGUAGAUGAUGAAUAUGGUCAUUAAAUAUAAAAUAAACAUUUAAUACAGUCUUUAAUGUUGUAUUAGUAUAAUUUAUAUAUAUAUAUAUAAAAAAAAGUAUGUACAUUUAUAUAAAUAAAUUUUUUUUAUACUUAUUUGUUGAUCUUUAGAAGUAUCAAACAAUAAAAAUUGACUAUAAAAUA